AUGCUUUCCAAUCCUCCUCCCAAGAAGUUCUCUGCGUUAGCCGACAAAAUCUCUCCCGCAGCUCUUCUAGAAGGUUUCAGCUGGGCAGUCAAGCAACCACCUCGCCCUGGUCAGUUCUGCCGUCCACCACACCAUGAGCCCCCUCAGCUUGCUGGAUCAUCAACCCAUUUUCGCCAGCCCCCAAUCGUUGGCCGGGAACUUGCACCAAGUCUUCCCGGUCAGAUCACCCUGCCUGGAAUCCGCCGCGAUGUUGCAAUUCUGGAUCUCCCUGAGAUUGGCCUGCCUGGGAAGAAACCUCCAAUCGAACGUCUCUCUGCCGAAUCUGGUGUCAGUCAAAGUCUCUCAACGAAUGAGGAGCCACUUUCACAAGAGGUUUCCACUGAAACUGUUUCCUCACAACUGACAAAACCCCCCCGUGAUCCUCCCAUCCCUGAUCAUGACGGAACACAGGGCCAAUCUGGACAAAAGUUGGACGAAUUGAAACUACCACUGCCACGAGAGAAACGAGUCCAUCGCACGACUCAUCGUGAUCCACCCUCCAGCAUUUGUGGCGAUUUAGAAAGACCUACUCCCCAAACCCCAAGAUCUCAGCAUCGCCGGCAACGCGAGGUCAGGAGCCAAAUGCCAAGUCGUCCAAUUCUGACUCCGCGUCCACAUGGGAAAGCACCCGAGAAUCACGAUCGUUCCCAAUCCAGGACUAGCAACAUUUCCAAAAAGCGGUCGACCGGUCAGAAACGCCGGGCUCGUGCAGCCCCUGAGCGCAGGAAAGAGGCCAUGCACCAUGUGGCACAGUACUGGAAUGAGUGCAUGAGAAUUUCUGAAGACGAAAAGCAGGAGGCGGCCUGGGAAAUUGAACGACUUCAAACGGAAAUCAGUCAGCGGGAAAAAGAGCUGGACAAGUCAUUUGGUCUCUUGUCCAAGAAAGAAAUUGAGAUCAAAGGAGCUCGGAAACGUUGCCAGGAGUUGGAGCACCAGGAGAACCAGGCUACGGGCGAGAAUCAUCGACUGAACGGUGAGAUCAAGUCUUUGCAAGAACAGCUUGAGGCAUCCCAAAAGCAUGCAGAAGGGCUCAAAGACAAGUACCGUACUUGUCGAUCAAAGUUGAACGAAGCAAUUUCUGAACAACAGGCUCUUUUUCAGCGUUCCCGCGAAUUGUACCGAGCAACCAGAAAGGAGCUUGAGGAAGAGAAAAGCAGCCGUGUCGUCGAUUCACUCGCCGUUGACAACGCCAUUGAGAUCGGCCGCAAGAAACGUGAGGAGAUGAGGAUCUGCCUUGACGAGCUUCGCACACAGGCCGAACGAGAGGGUCACAGGAAGGAUCGAAUCGUAUCAGAAUUGGAAGCGAAGCUGCAGCAGCAAGAGGCCGAGCUCAUCCACGAGCGAGAUUCAGCAAUUGAGCUCCGGCAGCAGAUCGAGGAUCAAAAGAAGAUUCAGGAUAGUGUAACAAGAGUGGAAUCUCAAGUCCAGGCACUGCUCGAAAAGAGCACCAACUCAGACACAUGCGGCCGAAACCAGAGAGAAAUAACCGACCAACUGUCUUCGAAGCUCGAUCUCGUCAUUAAGCAUCUUGACUCGUUCAAAGACAAUGCAGUAACGCCUCUGGCCAUUGAGCCAGUCAUCAAAAGACUAGAAAAAAAUAUUGUUUCCAGAAUCUUGCCAGCCAUCCUCACCGUCAUUUCCGGACAAGCACAGGCAGAUAAGUCCGGUGUGGGAUUCAGAGACGAUGUCUUGGUCAGGCUCGAACAGAUUCAGAGUGGUCUCAUACACCAAGAUGAAAGAAUGUCUCAAGAUCGACAGAACGAUGAAGCUAUCCGCCGAGAGCUCUUUGACGUUCUUGGUCGAAUUGAUACUCGGACUUUCAACAUCGACAAGACUUACAAACAAACGGAGCGUCACUUCGUUGAAUGGACCCAAGGGUAUACUCGUCAGCAAGAGGCUUUGGAAGCAUCUCUCCAGGACCGGAUCACCCAACAGUUCAGAGAUCGGGAGAGUGUGAUCGGCAUGCUCGAGCAACAGCUACAAUCAGUGGCUGAGGACUACGGCAAGAAGAUCGAAACCAUGAAGCAACUUAUUCUGCAGAGCGAUGGUGAGGCCAAAAAGUACUUGCAGGAGACCAUUGCUGCAAUCCGAAACACUCUUGAGAAUGGGUUUAAGGAGGGGAGCGCCAGGUCCGAACGAGAGCUGUCUCAGUCCGAGGGCAUCCGGGUCAUGCUAGACUCGCAUCUCAAGGAAGUCAAGGACCAGUUAAUGACGACCUCACAUAAUGACCCCAAUUCCGGAGCGCUCUACCAAGCCUUGAAUAAGGAGCAAAAAGCCGUUGGGGAGCUCCGGCAAAAGCUUGCCGUGCUCGAGCAAGAGGCAACAACGAAUAAAGGCCUUCAUGAGAGAUGGCAGAAGGGCAUCAAAACCAUCGACGUAUUGAGAGAUCAACUGAAAGACAUCAGUGAGCGAGUGCCUCAAAUGGAAAGCCUAGAAGUAGAGUUCCGAAGCAUGGCUGAAAUCAGCCGGCUGAUGAAUUCAACCGCCGGCUACCUAGUAGCGGAACGGUCCUGGGUCAGUCAACAGCUCGGAGCCAACCCAGAGCCAGAGGUCCUGGGCUUUGGGGCCGAGGGGAUGCUUCACCCGUCACAAGCGGAAAAUUGGGGCAAAGGGGAAUCCAUUGCUUCAUCCAAUCCCCAGUCAAUGAUCACAAAUUUGUCAAGUUUGGCGGACUUGUGGGACCCAGCCACAGGCGCUUCCUCUCAAGAUGAAAACGUCAACCGCAAGGUGGUCUUCAACAGUCCAGGGGGUCGCAGUUCACCUUUUCCGCCACCAUCCAUUGAGCAAGAGCAGCUACGACGCCGGGAAGCAGCCGCGCCGCGAUCAAUUUUAAGAUCAUCAGCAUCGUCAUCGCAAGAUUCUGCGCAGGAUUCGCAACUCUCAAGAAUCCCUCCAAACCAAAGUCAAUACAAUAGACCCGUCACGGGAAAGGCCAGCUCAACGACUGCCAGCGCGAAGCAAGGAAUGAUGGAGCAAAUUCAGACCAAGUUCAUUCAACCGAGGCCAACGCAAAAGAACUGGGAUUUGCCUACGGUCGCUGAUUUCGAGAAAAAUAUCCAACCCAGUCGAUCCGAGGGAGGCAUGGCGGAGAAGAAGCAUUCAUUGGUCUCGACGGAACAAGUACACAGCCCCAACGGCAAAAAGAUGAAGGUGGAAGAGGGGUCAUCUCAGACAAUGCAAAACUUGAAGGAUUACAGACCUCAGGCAAGGGCGUCAAAGAGACAGGCUGUGAUAAGAACAUAUUCCCGCAAGCCAAUCGGGGAAUAG